GCGAUCUGUUUUAAGGCACCGUUAACCCGGAAUAAAUGUUUUAAUUAAGCCUCUAAAGCGAAUGGCUCGCAAAACAUUGAUAGCGUACAUAGCGGUUGAUGUAAAUGAGCUAGCUUAGCUGCUUAUUCAACUGAUAAGUUUGAAUGGGGAGUGUAUUGGCUGCUGGGUUCCCCAACCCACCGCCACCGUCCUCCGCUGGUGUGGCUGGACCCGGCUUGACAGUGCCAGCAGGGUAUGGGAUGUCUUCGGUGUCUCCAGUGUCCACCUCGAUUGGGAUGACUUCAGUGCAGCCGCAGGAAGUGAUUGAUCCUCUGCCUAAUCCGGGUGCAUUUGAUGAUUGUCAUCGCAAGUGCAAAGAGGUAUUCCCGAUGCAGAUGGAAGGCGUCAGGUUCGUCAUCAAUAAGGGGCUUAGUAACCACUUCCAGGUGAACCACACCUUGCUGCUGAGCACUUUGGGGGAUUCCAGCUACAGGUUUGGUGCCACAUAUGUUGGACUAAAGCAGACAGGUCCAGGAGAGUUUUUUCCAGUCAUGGUGGGUGACAUGGACAACCUUGGCAGCCUUAAUGCUCAAUUCAUUCAUCAGAUCAGCAAUAGCAUCCGAUCCAAAAUGGCCUUCCAGACGCAGCAACACAAGUUUGUCAACUGGCAGGGCGAUGCAGAGUUUAGAGGGAAAGAUUUUACCGCGACAGUUACAUUUGGAAACCCCGACGUCCUAAUCGGCUCCGGGAUCGUCGUAACACAUUACCUGCAGGCCCUCACGCCUGCUCUUGCUCUGGGAGGGGAGCUGGUGUACCACCGCAGGCCAUCAGAAGAGGGCGCUGUCAUGUCUUUGGUUGGCAGGUACACAGGCACCGACUGCAUCGCCACGCUGAUGCUGGGAUCGGCGGGCGCUCACGCCACCUACUACCACCGCGCGAAUGAGCAGCUACAGCUCGGCGUGGAGUUUGAAGCAAGUUCUCGCAUGCGAGAUACGAGCGUGUCGUUUGGCUACCAGCUUGAUGUGCCCAAAGCCAAUUUACAGUUUAAAGGGUCAGUAGACAGCAACUGGGUGGUCGGUGCGACUCUAGAAAAGAAGUUGCUGCCCCUGCCUCUCUCCUUGGUUCUCUGCUCCUUCCUCAACCAUAACAAGAACAAGUUCCAGUGCGGUUUUGGCGUGACGAUCGGUUAAACAGAUCGGGCAUGCGUUAAAUGACCUCGUAGGAUGGACUCGCUGAUUUUGGAACACACGAAGCAACUAUUUAUCACUUUAAGUUAAUAUUGAUAGCCUCGUGUUUUAAUUAACCAACCAGCCAUUUUGAUAUUUAGUGUUAUUUCCUAUAACUCAUGAGAUAAAUCUAAUGAACAACAUAUGCUCUUUUUUUUUUCUUCUUACUAUGAAGUGAAUGGUAAUGUCAUUUGUUGACGGGAAUUAGUUAUUCCCCUCACUUAGUUUGCCUUUAUGUUGUACACAUGUGGAGCAGUUUAACUGUAUUAUACUUCUUGAAACCUGGCAAAAAAUGAUUUUAUUAAAAAAAA